UCUAAUCAGGUGCAUGAAGACCACUCGCGGAUUCGUACAAGUUGCGCCAGAGGCCAUGACAGCGGAACUUUCUUUGAAGGACCUGCAAGAGGCAGCGGUUGCAGGUUUCAAACCCGCGGCCACAGAUGAAGAUGCCAUGACAUCUGUGCAAACGGAGGAAUCCGCGAAAUUGGAAAUCCUCGGCGACAUCAAUUUGGUGUCCGAGGAACAAAAAGAGAGCCUCAUGCAGUUGAAGGAACCCCAGAAAUAUUCCACCAUGAAAUUGAAGAUGGUCAAUUUGAGUUUCAGUGGCGCGUCGGUUUUUUUUUUCACUCCUUACCGAGUGGACGGUACCCCGAUGCCCGCAUCUGUCAUGAAAUUUGACCAGAAGGAAUGUAUUGAAGAGGAGAUGGCGAAGACUGAAAAGUACCGCAGUCUCUUUGGCUCCACCACCCCUUCGGUGAAAGAUUACAUCCUGGUGGAUUCCGCCGAGCCCUGCUCCAUCAUGCAGAUUGACCUCUGCGGCGGCGUCUUCGGGCUGCCGGAGUUUGCCAAAGCUCCCCCAGUACAGACGAUGGCGUCGAUCCUGGAGCAGGAAUUGGAUCAACCGACGCACAGUGUGGAGAUCAUUCCCAUCAUCAAUGAGGCUCUGGAGAGAAGGAUGUUUCACUUCACCAUGUCAGAGCGGAAGAUCAAAACCAUGUCUCUAGCUGAAUCCUACAAGCUGGUUCGAUUUGUUGGGCAUGGAAUCCUCAAUCGUGCCAAGGAAGGAGCCAAGCGUGGAGCGAAGUCACCUGCAUUGGCCGCAGGAUUCCAAAAGCCAGUGGAAAUUGACGAGCUUGACCCUGAGGGCAAAUUUGUGAUGGAACUUUGCGGCCGGAAACAGACGGUCAGAGAUUUGUUCCAGCAGUUUUCAGACAUGGAGAAGACCCUGAUAGAUUCUUUGCAGCGCAAGGUUGUAGUUGGACUUGCUCACAACGAUCUGCAUGGUGGCAACUUGUUGGUCGAUUCUCAAGGCUUGGUUUGGCUGAUCGACUUCGCUACUGUGAAGCAAGACCAGCAUGUGCUGAUGGACCUCACGAAGUUUCUCUCGGCAUGUACUUUCAUGUACUUACAGGAGAAGGUGAACGAAAAGCAUAUCCAAUCCUUGGCUAAGAUGAUGGCUGUCACCCCCGAUGCCACCACUGAUUUACCUUUGGCAUUCUUGAAUGAUGCGCAAGACGACCCCUUGGCCAUUUUUUUCUUCCGCAUCAUUUCGCGCCUGAGGUACUGCAUGUGUAUCUAUGAGAGCGGUCCUGGGUCCCCGGAAAAUGAUGGGCUGCCUUUCGCCGUGGCAUUGUUUUCCUGGUCCACACGCAUGCUGUCCUACAGUGAGCCCUCGCUGUACCAGAAGACCAGGGCUUUGUACUGGUCCAUUGCUGGGCUGCAGCGCAUUCUGUGGGCCAUUGGGCAUGAUGUUGGUCCUGUUGCCGCCAAGUGGAUUGAGGAAAAACGCGAGUUGUGGGAGGGUCAGAAGGGGCGCCGUCUCAGUAGCUCAGUGGCCACCGACAAGCAAGCGGUCGCGGCCUAUUCGUUUGAGUUGGAGUUACCCACCUAUUUGUCUCAAGCGGGUGCAUCAGAAGGUUGGGCCACAGAUAUCUUGACCAGAGAGAAGGUCAACGUCAUGGAAUCCUCUGUGCCAUUGACGAUGAAAUUUGAUGGACGUCUUGACUCCCGGCGCCAUCAGCUUGUGGACAAGGCAAAGACGCUCUUCGACAAUUUGACGCCAAUUUUGAAGUCCUUUGCACCAUGCCUCUUCGACAUCGAUCUCUUUUGCGGUCGUACAUUGAUUGUUGGAGACGCCGGUUCCGGCAAAUCUGUGUUGACCAAGCAGAUCUUUGCAGCGCUGGCUCAGAACCAGGUCAGGGCCGUCCAGGCACUUGCAGAUCUUCCCAAGGUCAAGGAUGAAGAAGGGAGAGUGGUGCCACCGAAAUUGGAUGUGGCAUUUCUACCUGUCCGCGUCCCCUUAGUUGAUUGGAGUCGGCAACUCGAAAAAAACCCAGACAAUUUGGAUGUGCUGGAAGCCGAUGUGGUGUCGGAUCUUCUGUCCUGCUGGUUGGCUCAAAAAUAUGGUGAGGAUUCCAAUCUGAUGAUGCUGGUCCAGGAUAUUCGAAACAUCUCGCUGGCCGAUGAAGAGUCUGAUGCCUCCAUGGGUCUGGUUCUGCUGCUGGAUGGCUUAGACGAAGCUUCUUCAAGGCCAGCGUUGGUUCACUGCGCCUGA